AUGUCUUGUGAGCAAUGCAGCAGGCAAUUCAGUGAGCGGAGAGAUCUGAAGAGACACAUGCGGACUCACACAGGGGAGAAACUUUACAGAUGUGAGGAGUGCAGCAGGCAGUUCAGUGAGCUGGGUGCUCUGAAGACGCACAUGCGGACUCACACAGGGGAGAAACCCUACAAGUGUGAGGAGUGUAGAAGGCAGUUCAGUCAGAUUGGGAAUCUGAAAGCCCACAUGCGGACUCACACAGGGGAAAAACCCUACAGGUGUGAGGAGUGCAGCAGGCUGUUCAGUCACCUGGGUACUCUAAAGAAACACAUGCGGACUCAUACAGGGGAGAAACCUUACCAGUGUGAGGAGUGCAGCAGGCAGUUCAGUCGGCUGGAUAGUUUGAAGAAACACAUGGAGACUCACACAGGCGAGAAACCCUACAAGUGUGGGGAGUGCAGCAGGCAGUUCAGUGUGCUGGGUGCUCUGAAAAGCCACGUGCGGACUCACACGGGGGAGAAACCUUACAAGUGUGAGGAGUGCAGCAGACAGUUCAGUCAGCUUGGAAAUCUGAAGACUCACAUGCGGACUCACACAGGGGAGAAACCCUACAGGUGUGAGGAGUGCAGCAGACGGUUCGAUGAGUUGGGGCAUCUAAAGAGACACAUGCGGACUCACACAGGGGAGAAACCCUAUGGAUGUGAGAAAUGCAGCAAGCAGUUCAUUAGUGAAGCGCCUGCCAAGUAUUGUCCGAACAGCUCUCCGCUGUACUGCUUCAAGCCUGUCCGACUGUGCACAGAUUCCCUACAGAGGAAGUCUAUCAAGCUGACCAGAUACAGUGUUGUAGAGCGGCCUCUCAGGCAACCAAACUGGUGCUGGUCCAGUGACGCACUUAUGUCCUCCAUAAUCCAGUUCGAAACGAAGGACUCGGAGUGCAGCAGGCAGUUCAGUGAGCUGGGUGCUCUGAAGACGCACACGCGUACUCAUACAGGUGAGAAACCGUACAAGUGUGAGGAGUGUAGCAGGCAGUUCAGUCAGAUUGGGAAUCUGAAGGCCCACAUGCGGACUCACACAGGGGAAAAACCCUACAGGUGUGAGGAGUGCAGCAGGCUGUUCAGUCACCUGGGUACUCUAAAGAAACACAUGCGGACUCAUACAGGGGAGAAACCUUACCAGUGUGAGGAGUGCAGCAGGCAGUUCAGUCGGCUGGAUAGUUUGAAGAAACACAUGGAGACUCACACAGGCGAGAAACCCUACAAGUGUGGGGAGUGCAGCAGGCAGUUCAGUGUGCUGGGUGCUCUGAAAAGCCACGUGCGGACUCACACGGGUGAGAAACCUUACAAGUGUGAGGAGUGCAGCAGACAGUUCAGUCAGCUUGGAAAUCUGAAGACUCACAUGCGGACUCACACAGGGGAGAAACCCUACAUGUGUGAGGAGUGCAGCAGGCAGUUCAAUGAGUUGGGACAUCUAAAGAGACACAUGCGGACUCACACAGGUGAGAAACCCUAUGGAUGUGAGAAAUGCAGCAAGCAGUUCAGUGUAAAGAGUGCAGAAGGCAGUUUGGUCGGCACUCGGCAGUACAGUCUGAAGAAACACAUGGAAACUCACACAACAGAACUUGUACAGGCGUGA